AUGACGGCAGAGCAAGCCCUCCACGAAGUAGGCACCGCCUUCAUCCGCGCCUUCGACACCCUCGACGAAACCGCGCACAUCUCCCUACGCGCCCCCUCCUGCACGCACACCUUCGCGCCCGCCUCCAUGGGCCCGCCGCCGCCGAUGACGAACGCGGAGCUGGCGGCGCACCUAGCCAAGCUACGGCUCAUCAUGACCGGCUUCCCCGUCACGGCCAAAGAGAUCCACGUCAACGUUCCCAAACGGCAGGUCCUGAUCUGGGCGACUGCCGUGGCGGAGUUUAAGGCCGAGGUGAAGGGGCUGAAGGAGGGUGAGGAUGGGACGGAAUGGGACUACGUGGGGGAGUACAUGUUCUUCUUGACGGUGGACGAGGAGGGGGAGAUCAGUCGCGUGGUGGAGUUUGUGGAUAGUUUGGGGACGAAGAGGGUUUGGGGGUUGAUGAGCAGGGCGUGGGAGAAUGCUGGCGUGGUGCAGAAGCUGUUUGAGGGCGGGGAGGCUUGA